AUAUUGUGAACAGUGCUGAUAUUGGGUAGCAGUAUCCUGAUUAUGGUUGUAUGUGUUUUGGUAACUUACACGAAACAAUCACUUACACCUUUUAUAACUUGUGGAACAUGCCGAAGCAGGGUUUUACAGCAUGUUUAAUUGCUCAACAGAAGCGGAGGUAGCUGAAUUUACUGCGUGAUUUCGUCCAGAUCUAGGAUGUGGUCAGGAAGGGACGACAGGAGGAAGACAAAACGGAAAAAAGAAAACUACAGUUGUAGUACUAAAAUCUAACACAAAAACAAAUGCUUCUAACGCGCUAUUUUAAAUGUAAAAAAAGGUCGAAUGAUUUCGUGUUUACACGUGGCUUAUUUACUUGCUAGUUCCUUAGUUCGAAAAAUCCAGCGUGGGGAGGAAUAUGAAGAAUACACUGGGAAUGUGUUUACAUCGUAUUCAAGGAACUCAGGCGGUGAUGAAGUUGUGUUCCUCAAAGACUUCCUUCAUCACAGAGGCAAUGUCUUGCUUUCCCUGGCUCAUGCCUGGCUGGAGACUGUGGCUGGUGUUGUUGCUGAUGUGGGAUUGCUGCAUAGCGGAGGAGCUGAAGCCGACCAGAUGGCCUCUCUUCUCCAAGAGGCCUGUGCUGCUGGCCUGGAACGCCCCAACUGAGGACUGCAGGCCACGCUACGGCGUCCACUUUAACCUGGACCAGUUUGAAAUUAUAGCAUCGCCCAACGAAGGCUUUGUCAGGCAGAAUCUCACAAUUUUCUAUAAAGACAGGCUCGGGAUGUACCCGUACUAUGAAAAAGGCGAGCCGGUCAAUGGUGGCCUUCCACAGAUCGCCAGCCUCACCGCGCACCUGGAGAAGAUGCCAGAAGGGGUGAAUAAGUACAUUCUUGAGAAGGCCAAGGGCCUGGCUGUUAUUGACUGGGAGGAGUGGCGCCCCCUCUGGAUCCGCAACUGGGACACCAAGGACAUUUACCGCAACCGCUCGCGCCUCCUGGUCGCCGAGAAGAACCCCGACUGGCCCCCGGAGAAGGUGGCCAAAGUGGCUCAGCAGGAGUUUGAGAUGUCAGCCAAGAAGUUCAUGCUGGACACCCUGAGGCAGGCCAAAAGCCUGCGCUCCGAACAGCUGUGGGGGUUUUACCUGUUUCCUGACUGCUACAACCACGACUACAGGAACAGCCUGGAAAACUACACGGGACGCUGCCCGGACGCCGAGGUGGCGCGGAACGACCACCUGACCUGGCUGUGGACCGAGAGCACCGCCCUGUUCCCGUCCAUUUACAUGGGAACCGUGCUGAAAUCCACUUCCUUCGGGCGCCAGUUUGUCCGGAACAGGGUGAGGGAGGGCAUGAGGCUGGCGUUGGUGGGUGAUGGCCUCGCACGCCCUGUCUUUGUCUACACCCGGCCCACCUAUGCCAAUGAGCUGAUAGAGCUGACUCAGAUGGACCUCAUCUCCACCAUUGGCGAGAGUGUGGCGCUCGGAGCAGCUGGCAUCAUCUUCUGGGGAGAGGCCACCUUCUCCAGCAGCAAGGCCAGCUGCAGCAGUCUGAAUGAGUACCUGCGGGGUCACCUGGGCAGGUACCUGCUCAACGUCACCACGGCGGCGGAGCACUGCAGCAGGCUGCGCUGCAGUUCCCACGGCCGCUGCCUGCGCCGGCGCCCCAACACCGACACCUACCUGCACCUCAGCCCCCUCAGCCACAGCAUCCAGAGCAGAGACGGCAAGCUGGAGGUCAAGGGUCAGCCCGGCCCCGCCGAGCUAGCGCUCUACCGCAGCCAGUUCCGCUGCCAGUGUUACAGCGGCUUCCAGGACGAGUCCUGCGCCAAGAAAGACCCCGCGCAGCAGAAGGGGGCCUCCCCGGGCCUGCACGCCUGGCAGGCCAGCCUGCUGCUGCCCCUGCUCUUACAUGUGCUCCUGCACUGAGCCCGGGCAGGCCAGGCCAGGCCAGGCCAUGGAAAGACAGGCCGCGUGGGGCUCAGAGCCCCUGAACCCAGGCCUCUAACCACACCCACAGUAAGGGUGUGUGUGGGGGGGGGGUUGUUGGUGGUGGGUCUUUUUUACGCACACACACUGAGGCAUGGGGUGGACAGCGAGAAGGGCGGCUGUCCUUGAACAGAGACUGUGAAUGAAAUAACACUGAUAACCAAGCACCCAAACUGUCCAACGUGAUGAAGGUGAAAGGGGCAGUGUGGAAUUGCCAAAGUUUUAAGGUUGUUUACACUCUUAUGGAGAGCUGGCUGGGAAAUUUUGGCGCUGUGUUUACAGAGCUCUCUCUGUCCUUGCUGACUGUAGACUUGGUUGACAGAAUAUUGGACCCUGUCAGGGAGGGAUCCUGACUGGAAAGAGUGGUUUUACUGUACGCUCACGUUCUGUCCACUUCUCCAGCACAAUCCGCAGUCUGAAUCCAGGCUUAAUGCUCAAUUAGGGUGCACAGAGGAAAUCAUUGAAGGAGCACCAGGUUGCCUCAUUUAUAGUAAAGUCCAUCCAUUAUUAUUUUCUCUCUUUAGAUGGGAAACUGCAAUUGUUUAAUAUGAGUUCACUCUCACAAACUAAAGGUGUGUGAGUAAAAAAUGCUGAAUAAUAUUGUACAGCAUGGCCUUUAGUUCAUGAUUGUCUGUAGCCCUGAACUUGUGUCCUAAAAGUUGCAUCAGGGUGAUGAACCAUGUGCUCCUUCUCUCAGGGCCCUCUCCCCCCCACCCUCUCUGCACAGUCACAACACAACACAGAGCAUUACAUACUGGGAACAGCGCAAUACGGUGUUAAACCGCCAAUGAAUUUGCUGCCUUACUGUCAACUCCCUGCUUCAGGGAGCUUCUUUGGGCUAUUUUUUUUAAUGGUUAAAAAAACACUAGGAACUGUCUGUUGUCUUACUCCUCAAUCUAUUUUAUCUUCUUUUUCCAGCUUCUGAUAUUGCAAUAUUUUCCGUGGGAAUAACUGGAAUACAGUAAUGUGACUUUGAUAUACUAUUUAUGUCCGUUCAUAUCACAAAUACUUUAGUUCCUCAGUGUGCACGCAGAGCAGCUGUGUAUUACUGUAUGUGAACACUUUGUUUUUAUAGCCUUUAUUCUGCCCUUCAUGAAGAAUUGCUUUCACUUGAUCUGCUGGAUGGUGUGAUUAUGUUUUACUUGGGCAGAGAAAGUCUAAGCAUAAGAGUAGGGGACUGUGUUCUCUCUGGCAACUGUAAAACAUCAAUUUCUCAUGAACUUGGGGCUGCCCAGCCAGAAAAACAGCAUGGAGGUUUUGAUCCUGUCUCUUCAGGGGAAUCUUUUGGUGUGUUUAUUAUUUUUUUAAAUUCAUGGACAGAAAAUAUUUAUUCAGUAUUUGAACAAUAUCGCAGCCCAUUUUAGUGUGUGUUUUCUUGCGAAACUCUGUGGUAAUAUUUCCGCUCCGCUGCCCCUUUUGAGAGCAUUCCAUCUCCAUCGCUUUAUGAUAUUCCGUUUCAGCGAUUUCAAAAGGAUCUUUAUAUGAAAUCCGUGGACCUUUUUUAAGAAGUCUUUUUUUCACCAUUUUGGAAUUGCCAGUGUGCCUGUAGAGUCGGGGUGUUCUGUGUUAUCCAGCAAAGCCCUGUUGGGUGCAGGUUUUCGUUAUAGCAGCUAGCCCAUCACUAAAACUAAGUUUGGAUACUGCUGGUCUCCGGUCACCACUGUAAAUGCCCACACAAAGAACACUGCAGCUAAAGCACAUGCACUCCUCUGAUGCACUGUGUCACUGGCUUGUAAGGUACCUGAAAGCCAGUGCCUGUUUUCUACACCGCAAGCCACCAAUCAGGAGAGGCUUGGGCCUAAAAAUAACUUGUUGCUUUUGGGAACCUGGUCCGUAGUUGGAAGGAACUCAUGUAAUGGUAACCCAAGGGACCCUGGUGACACAAACCCAAUCUGCACUUACAGUAGUGGGACAAUGGCAACUGUGUACCUGCCCUGCAGACUCACUAUCAUAGUGAAUAACAGCUCACAGAGUGGCCAAAUCAAUGGCAUUUCUCAGCUGAUUAAAACAUUCAAAGUGCAAUUGGUUUUGGUUCCACACUGCAGGCCAACACACAGUGAUAUAUACAAACAUGUGUUGGGGCUCCAAGCAGAAUCUGUUCAUGUACUGUGGGGGAAAAAUCUAAAAUCAAACUUGCAAACUGUUUUGCCUCAAACCAAACCUUUCCUGUAACCAGUGUCUAUAAAAUCUGUAAAAGCUAAAGAUGACUUCUACUCUUGCAUUCUUUUUAUUUAUGAUAAAACUUUCUCAUCAUUGCAUUGGCCUUCAUUGGAUGUGCUAUAAAUAAAUGUCUGAUUUGCUUUUCUAAUUAAACGUUGACUUUGAAGUUUAA